GCCUCUCAUAUUUGAACGGAUGGUGCGUGCCAGAGAACGUUUUGCAAGAUGCGAGAUUCAUCUCCCACGGCGAGGGAGCUUUCGUCGGCGAGUUUAGGCGGACUCUGACCACCUCCGGCAAAGUGUGUAGGCCGGGGUGUCGCGCAUUACGUAAAGCCGUGGGAAAAAUAAAUCGCGGGUAAAGAAGGAAAAUAAAGUGUAGGCGAAGAAGGGAGACGACCCACUUUCUGUGUGCAUGCACGUCGCGAUGAGGAGAGCAUCGUUUGAUAAGUAAAAUCUCUAGUUUGCGUAAAUGGAGGAUCCGCAUCGCGUUGCGAACGUUUCAAAUGUCCGUAGACACGUUAACACCAAGCGCAACAUUCUGAGCAACACCUCAUAUGGGCUCACCAAGGAUGCGGAAUACAAGUCUAGCGUGAAAUACAGCGGCUAUCUACAAGAAAAGAAUUAUCUACAACGUAGCGUAUCAGCGGACAAUGUUGUAAUACAUUCACGCGGUUACAAACCAUCCGAUAGACACGAUCCAGUUAAAAGGAACUUCCUUGAGAAUCUUACUUCGAGAAUAUUGCACUUCGGCAUGGAAGGGGGCGAGACUACCCCGAUUAAUUUGCAAAAACUACUCACUCCAGCAUCAGAUUCUCAAGAAUUAUUGCAAUCAAAAAAUAAAAAAAUGUUUGCGUCCUCGUAUUUUUACGCACCAACGCAUCCUACGGUCGAGGAUCAGGUUGAACUUGCACGCCGAAUUUCGCAUUCACUCAGCGAUGUAAAAAACGUGAAAAGCAAAGGACAAACUAUGUACGUAAAUAGAAAAAAGCGAUCUGUUAAAUGGAUCCAUGAUGGCAAUGGUAUCGAGGACGAAGAGGAAUCAACUACAACAAUUCAUAAGGAAAAACUACCUCUCAAAUGCGUAAUGAAUCCGUGCGGGAAAGUACUUGACAUUCACGGCAUUCAGGCAUUGGGUGAAGAAGUCAAUAUUGCGCCGGUACCAAAAAAUCCGGAAAAGCUUUUCGAUAUUGUCCGUGAUUUGAAUAAUCAAAGAGGACGUGGUGCCGAGAUAUUUGCGAAACGUAGGAAAAGAUCUGAAAAGUGGGUGGUGGACCAAGAACAGCCACAGACACCCAAUACGCCUGUCACACCGAAGACGCCAAUGUAUCCAGAAAAAUUAGAAAUUAAUGGUAACACAAAAUUUAUGACGCCUUCUUCGUUGACACCUCGCACGCCAGUCUCGAGCAUUGAUAAAUCAUUUUAUAAUCCUUUUACAGUGGACAUCUCUCUUGACACCGCAAAUAUCCCGAUAACAGACAAACACUGUAAUGCUAACCGAUGCGGCCAUUCGAGCGAGAUAAAAAAGAUUUAUCUUCGAGAAAUUGCGGUGGGCACAGAUUCCGAUUUUUCUCCUGAUUAUUGUCGAUCGCCCAUCGUCGAAAAAUCCCAUCGUAUCAUUUUCGAUUCUACUAACAAUCGACGCACUAACAUGGCCAAUAAAUAUGUCGCAAGUAACAAUAAUACAUAUAUUAACAACAAUUAUCAAUCACCGAGAAAAUCUGACGUUUGCAACAUGCGAAGUUACAAUGGCAAAGACACAAGGAUUCAACAGCGUUUCGAUAACAAGUUCAACGAUAAUAUGAUUGAUAAUAAGCUCGGGAAUAAGCAACACAACGACAGACAGAUGCAGAAUGACAACGAGGAAAAUGGAUACACUCCUGUGCCAGUGAAGCAACUAAUUCAAGAAUUCGAGAAAACUUGUAGACCAGUUCUACAAUAUAAGCAGAUUAGUCCAAAGAUUAUUCCAAUCGUACAGCAGUGCCCGUUGGAUAAUGGCAUAGCACGUUUCUUCGAGACGAAAAAUCCUGUCAAUCAUAAUAAUGAGGAGAAGAGAUACGUACGUUCACACGGAAACUAUGAAGGAUCUGCGACAUUGCAGUCUCAAUGCAAUAACCGAAUGUAUGACACACGUGGAAACUACGAAAGAAAGCUGCAGUCCCAAUACAAUGGUCAAUUAUGUAAAGCACGCGAAACUUACGAAGGAUCAACGAAAUUACAGUCUCGAUACAAUGGCUACGUUUCCACUGACGAGAGUGAAUAUACCACGGAUGACACUGACUCCGAAGAUUAUCAGAACUUGGGAUUUAUAGAUCGUGGCAAUUCAGCACCGUCUGCUUUAUUGAACUGCUGCGACAGCAGCGAGUAUUCAUUCGCAUUCGAGGACGAGUAUAUGGGUACUCGACGUCAUUCGACUACCUCACAGGAAUUGGAAGCCCUUUAUGCCAACGACACGGCCACGAGAUUCGUCAAUACUGAGGCUGAAAUGCUUCCCGAAGCAAAGUCAUUAAUACUUUCGAUGGUCACCUCGCAGGAAAAUAUACUCGAAACUAAGAAACAUUUGCGUAACACGCCAGUCUUGGAUAAUCUUUUAGGCACCACUACGCCAGAAUGCAAACUCAUUGACGUUAACCCAGAAUUAGAGAACAAAUUGUACGAGAAUGACAAUUAUACUGGACCGAAAUUAGCCAAUCUUCAUAACCUGACAAAUUAUAAUACAGCACCUCGUGGAUGGAAUCAAUCAUUCACAUUCUAUCGGCCUAUUAAAUUUGAGAAACCGCAAGAGAUCAUGUAUUCUGAUUUUUAGGCCUACAUUAUAAUAAAUUUUAUAAUUAUAAUCCUUUUACAUAUCGGUACUGAGAGAUCAAUCGUAAAUCUAAUUCCUCUGAGGCAUCGACGAGAAUUAAUAAAAUAUAUUUUCCACACUGUUGCGUUAAUUUUUACUAGCACCAUGAUUUAAAACAAUGGUCUACGAAUAAUUAAAAUAUUUUCACCAUAAACAAACAUAUCGCGAUAUGAUUGCGCCAUAUGCGCGAUAUGUUUGAAGUUUUUGCUUUGAUGUAUCUCUACCUCUUCUAUCCCUUAUUGAGAUUAACGAGAUUGUUCAUGCUUUGACGGUGUUAUAUUAUUGCAUUUUACUUUAUUAUAUACAAUGCAAAUAAAUAUGUUGUUUUCCUAAUUUUUA